GUCGCUGUACUGAGGAAGAAAGGGGGAGACGGGCAGCACACACUGAAACGCUUUCACACAAAUAUGAGCGGCAGCGGGCGGGCCAGGACCAGCUCAUUCGCCGAGCCUCCCGGAGCUCCCGGAUCCGCCGCGGCCGGUGCCGGAUCUGCGGUAGCCGGCGGAAGCUCGACAGGAAAAACUGGGGCUUCGCAAGCCAGUGGAAGCAGCUCGACGAGCUUUGGAAAUCUGAAAUUACCAAGAGACAGCGGUAAAGUGACGACGGUGGUCGCCACGCCCGGCCAGGGUCCCGAUCGCCCUCAGGAAGUGUCCUACACAGACAUAAAGGUUAUAGGAAAUGGCUCCUUUGGGGUGGUCUACCAGGCUCGCCUCAUCGACAGCCAGGAGAUGGUGGCAAUUAAGAAAGUCCUCCAAGACAAGAGGUUUAAGAAUAGGGAGCUGCAAAUUAUGAGGAAAUUGGACCACUGCAACAUUGUGAGGCUACGUUACUUCUUCUACUCCAGUGGAGAGAAGAAAGACGAAGUGUAUUUGAAUCUGGUGUUGGAUUUUGUCCCGGAGACAGUGUACAGGGUGGCUCGGCACUUCAACAAGGCCAAGACCACCAUCCCCAUCAUCUACGUCAAGGUGUACAUGUACCAGCUGUUCCGCAGUCUGGCUUAUAUCCAUUCCCAGGGCGUGUGUCACAGAGACAUCAAGCCUCAGAACCUCCUGGUGGACCCAGAGUCGGCCAUCCUCAAACUCUGCGACUUUGGCAGUGCGAAGCAGCUAGUUCGGGGGGAGCCCAACGUGUCCUAUAUCUGCUCGCGGUACUACCGUGCCCCGGAGCUCAUAUUUGGCGCCACCGACUACACGUCCAACAUCGACAUCUGGUCAGCCGGGUGCGUCCUGGCCGAGCUGCUGCUGGGCCAGCCCAUCUUCCCCGGGGACAGCGGCGUCGACCAGCUAGUAGAGAUCAUCAAGGUUUUGGGGACACCAACGAGGGAGCAGAUCCGGGAGAUGAACCCGAACUACACAGAGUUCAAAUUUCCACAGAUCAAAGCACACCCUUGGACAAAGGUGUUUAAGCCCCGCACCCCACCGGAGGCCAUCGCCCUCUGCUCUCGACUGCUGGAAUACACUCCGGUCACCAGGCUGUCGCCGCUGGAGGCGUGCGCGCACGCCUUCUUCGACGAGCUCCGCCAGCCCAACACCCGUCUGCCCAGCGGGCGAGAACUGCCGCUCCUCUUCAAUUUCAGUCCCGUCGAGCUGUCCAUCCAGCCCCAGUUGAACUCCACGCUCAUUCCUCCUCAUGCCCGUGCACAGACAUCGCCUGCCUCACAUGAGGGCGGCGUGUCAGACAGUACCGCCCAGCCCAACUCAGCACCUGGAUCCAUCAGCAACAGCACCUGAGCGUCCAUCCCUCCGUCACCGUUUCAGUUUCGUUCUCCCGGUUUUUCCAUUUCUCUCCUCUCUGCUCCUCUUCCCUCUCAACCAUCCUCCCGGCUCCAAACCCUUAAAAUAGAAAGAGAAAAUUACCUGACACCCCCCCCCCACACACACACACAUACACACACAGGCACGAAGACACAGCAUCGCAGUUUCCCCUGAAUGUAAUCCACUUUUUCUAAAAAGGAGAAGCAACCCCGCCGCUGCCCGACUCCGGAGGCCGCCGGUUGCUUUAAGGACAUUUAGGUUGCUGUGUUUGGGUUGAUUAUAAGCAGCAGUUUUCAGUCCGCGGCGGUCCCAGAUCGUCUGGAACAGAUUAUAAAGAGAAGAGGAACGUGAUACAUGUAAUGUGGAUUUUUUUUUUUUUUUCUGUUGUAUAAGAAUAUAAGACUUUUAUCCUUUUUAAGUUUGUUUUUAUUUUGCAUCAGCUGUUUUUAACGCGUGGCCCGCGGCGCCGUCGAUCGGGCUCCCGAUUGGCUGUGGAGUGGAGACGAAGGACACUCUGUGUAAAAAAAAAAAGGCCAGAUUGAAAAUGACAAUCAACCUCAGUAGAGUCCAAAAAAAGAGAGAGGGGAAAAAAAAAAAAAAAGAAAUAGGGGUGCACUUGUACUG